AUGUCUUCUUCCACAGCUUCAAAACUCCUCACACUAAUCAUAUCUGCAUUUGCCAUUGUGCAAAUAACACUAGCUGGUGAUCCAGACAUCCUUACUGACUUCAUAGCCCCAAAUGGAACCCAAGUUGAUGGCAACUUCUUCACAUACACCGGUUUCCGCGCCCUUACUGUACCAAACAUACAACCCUCAUUUUUCGUGGCAUUGAAAGCAAGCAAAAAAGAAUUUCCAGCUCUUGAUGGACAAAGUGUAUCAUAUGCUGCUCUAAUGUACCCACCUGGAACCAUCAAUCCACCACACACACACCCUCGUUCAGCCGAGCUACUCUUCCUCGUUAAAGGUUCCCUUAAUGUUGGUUUCGUUGACACAACCAACAAGCUAUACACUCAAACACUUCAACCCGGUGACAUGUUUGUGUUUCCAAAGGGACUUGUUCAUUUUCAAUUCAAUUCUAAUACUACAAAAUCUGCUUUAGCUUUUUCGGCCUUUGGUAGUGCUAAUGCUGGAACUAUUUCAAUUGCUAGCACAUUGUUUAACUCUACCAUUGAUGACAAUGUCUUGGCUCUGGCUUUCAAGACUGAUGUUGCAACCGUUCAAACUUUGAAGAAAGGAUUUUCUUCUUAA